CGACUGAUCAUUAUGCAACUCAAGCUUCUUUUCGUGACUCUUCUCUUUGCCGUUAUUGUGAAUGCUCAACAAACCGGCGGUGCUACAGGUAAUCCUAUGGAGACUAGUAUGACAUCACCUUCGGUGGAACCUACUGGUGCUGUGAGUACAUCCAUGUCUAGUAGUUCUGAAUUAUCCAGCUCUUCAUCCAUGUCAUCAUCAAGCAGCAUGACGAGUAGCAGCUCUGCAACAUCUUCUUCUUCAUCGGCUACUGCAACUUCUACAAGUACUGGUUCUCCAAGUGCUGCCACUACAUUGACUCAUGGUCUUCCCAAUGAAUUGUUUGCUUUAGCUGCUCUUUUCAUUGCUAGUUUCAUUGUCAUUAUUGCCUAGAUAGAAAUAAUUUACUAUUUUG